ACAGUGCUCUUGACUGUACAUCAAACUGAUUUACUAUUGUGUUGUCGACUCACCAUUUCUAUAAUUAAUGUGCUAGUUGAUUGCAGGACAGCGUUAGCGGAAGCUGAAUUGGAGUAUGAUCCACAGUUUAAAAGCAAAGAGGUUUAUGUUUUAUUCCCCAUUAACAAGAUGUCAGUAAAAAUGGAAGAGGCUGCGGCUGGGUAAGGUGUUUAUUUGAUUUAAUUGUUUUAUUUAAUUUAAAUUGGCUACUUGAUUGUUUUGGUAUUUGAAAAUAGUGUUAUUAUAUAAAGAAAAUAACAUAUUUUUUCAUCAAUUUGAAAUGCCAGCAAAAGCAAUCAGUCACGUGACAUUAUAAGCAGUGAUGACGCAUUAUAAUUUGUCAAUAUGCGAUGCUUUUCUGUCUACGUCGUAAUGUAAUGUGACGUCACACGGCGCCCCGUUAUGGCGGCCGCGUUUCAGUCUUUAUAGUGGAAAAGCAUAGUCAAACCAAUAAGAUAAACACACCAUUACAACCUGAAACUUAAUGCUGGUUAAAUAAUAGAAGAGCCAAUAACGAAGAAAUUGAAUUUAAUUCUAGAAUUUAAAUUUAAAAGUUAUUGUUUACAUAAAAAUUACCAUUUCCAACAUAUUUCAUAAUCAAUUAUUAUAACUGUCAUGUAGCCAAAUUAGUUAAGAAAUCAAAAGUCACUUAAAAUUUUUAUUAUAGGUGUAAUUUUAUAUCACGAAAUAAUAAAGUGCAUUAUUUUUCUGCUUUAUAUGUGCUCACCCCUUAUUCAUAAACACAUUGUAAACCCAUUUAGUAAAUGUAUGUUAUCUCUCUGUCAUUUAUCUAACAAGUGUAAGAAAAUGUAUUUUUAUCAAUGAAACCGUUAAUUUCAUGCUGCAAUUCUAUAUUAAUUAUUUUUAGAGAUUAAUGAACUAAAUGGAAAAGAUAUACGAAAUAUGUAUUAUAAUCUAUCCCGCCCUUACCCAAACAGGCAAAAAGUGUCAGCAAUUAUUUGGACUACCACCCCAUGGACUCUUGUUGCAAACCGAGCUGUCUGCUACGGUCCUCAGUUGAAAUACAGCUUGGUUAAGCUCGGAUUUCGUCCAGGCUUGUUUCUGAUUGGAAGCGACCUGAUAGAUGACCUGGAGAAAACUUUUAACACUGAAAUAAAGAAACUGGCAGAAUUCGAUGGUCAGGAGCUGCAAGGUGUCACAUAUGACAACAAGUUGGUAGGACAAGGUCUACCGUUUCUUGCUGGUGAUCAUGUGACGUCAGUGAAAGGCACAGGGCUUGUGCACACAGCGCCUGCGCACGGACCUGACGACUUCCUGGUGGCCCUUAAAAAUAAUAUGGAUGUUCAAUGCGACGUAGACGAAUCUGGUCGCUACAUGAAUCUGGACGAUGAGUUAAACGGUCUACCUGUCCUCGCUGAAGGUCAGGAUAUGGUGAUAGCGAGACUUGGAGAGUCCAUUCUCCAUCAGGACACAUACGUACACUCGUAUCCGCUGGACUGGCGCACCAAGAAACCGGUCAUCAUUAGAGCGAGCCAGCAGUGGUUUAUUGAUACUGAAUCUCUAAAAGACAAAGCUUUGGCUGCUCUAGAGAACAUAUCAGUGUUACCCAGCUCUAGCGCGGAACAAUCAUGUCGUGGUUUCCGUGGGCAACUGCAGCAGCGUCCGUACUGGUGUAUAUCGAGACAAAGAGCCUGGGGCGUGCCGAUACCGGCGUUGUAUCGCGGACGUGACGUCAUAGUCCACGAGAGUGUGAUUGAAAAACUGUGCUCUCUGAUAGAGGAUAAAGGGCCGGAUGCAUGGUGGACGUGUGACGUCACCGAGUUGUUAUCUAAAGACGUGGUGGAGAAAUAUCAAUUGCGUGAUGACGUCACUAAAGGACAGGACAUAAUGGACAUUUGGUUCGAUUCCGGCAUUUCUUGGACUACAUUAGGCGGUAAGAAGGCGAAAUUAUACUCCGAGGGUCAGGAUCAACUUACUGGUUGGUUCCAGGCAUCUUUACUUACUUCCUUAGCGUUAACCGGCGAACCACCUUACGAGUAAGUAAUUAAAGGUUAUUUAUCAAUAACAUUUUAGAAAAGUCGCUUACUGUCUAUCCU